AUGAAGGAUAAUGAUAAACUUCAUGCCAUAGAGAGACUCAAACUGACACAAAAUAACUUGACACAAGAAAAUUGGGAACAACUUUGUGAUUUGUUUAGUGAUCCUGAAUAUCAGAGGAAGUGUGAAACUAAUGCAAGAGUUAGAAGAAAUGUCAAGUUAACUCCUAAUCAAGGAUCUCGGGCUUUUGUCGCUAGCCGAUAUGCUAUGCGCAAUGAUGAUGAAGAACCAAAUAAGAUGGAUUUCUUCAAGGCAACACAUUAUUCAAAUGACAAAGGAUGGAAAACAUAUGAGGCACAAGCAAAAUAUGUAAGACCUCACAAAAUUAAGUAUUAAAUUGUAAUUUUUCAUCUAAGGAUUA